AUGACUUCAUUCAUCAUUCAAGGUACAUCUAAACCUACUCCUUAUACCCGAGAAAAAUACCCGAAGCUCUCUCUUUCUCCCUCUCCACUCUCCAUAUUUUCUCCACACGGCUCCGGCCACCACACACGGCUCCGGCCGCCCGGAAUCGAGGAAGAGAGAGAAGGAAGAUCGAAGGUUGAAGGAUCUAGAAGCGAAUAUUCUCUCGUGAGAUUAUUUGCACAAACACCUAUGGACACUCACAAGGUGUUCACAGCACUUGUACAGUGGGGUUCUUGCAGAAGCUCAUCU